GGACGAUUUACGACAAGGUCACGUACUAAAUGCUCUGUUUGACAAGAAAACAAGGAAAAAGAAACGCAGGGAGAUGCUCUAACAAAGUUUUAUUGAUAUAUUAAUUCAACAAUUUAUGAAAUGUUGAGAAACAUAAAUAGAUCUACAUGACGUCAUAAAGUACAAUUUCUUUUUAUGCUUUGUAAUCCCAAAACGGCAUACACUCGUUUCUAUUUUCUAUUUUAUCGUUUUAUGAUGCAAACUGUAAAAAAUAUCAAAAUUAUACAAGUAAAUAUAAUGAUACCUACUAUGAUUUUGUUCUUUAAUGACGUUGCUAAUCACAAAGGAAAAUAGGAAAAAGUUUUGUCAGGAUUUGACAAAGUUUGGUCGUGAUAUGAGGAUUAAAUUUCUUUAUAAGCUUUAAUAGGAAUAAUAGUAUUAAGUAUAUAGACAACUAUAAUAUAUACAUAGAUACUGUACAUAGUAUGUUGUUAUUUAAUAGCUGUAAUAAGACUCGGUAUAAUUUAAAAUAAAAUAUAGCAUAUUGUCAAAUAUACAUUUUAUAUAUUGCGUAUAAAAUCCUAUAGGGCAGCGUACACGUUGUCGACUUUCUACGAUUAUGGUUCCAUUACGACAAGGAUCGUAGCGGUUUCAUUGAACGAGAUGAGCUGGAACAAUUUGCUGCCGACUUAAUUCGCAAACAAGGAGUAGUAAGCUUUGAUAACAAAUCCAACUCAUAUUUUCUUAGUUAUAUGAAAAACAAAUUAUUCAUAACUUUUCGUAUUAGAAAAAUAUUAUACUUUAUAAAUAUUUAUCUAUAAUUUUCGUUAUUUUUCCUUCCCGCAUCUAAAUAUCAGAAAGAAUCGACACCCGAAGCCGUUGGGGCAGCUACGAGACUAUUUUUGAAGAUGUUUGAUAGGAAUAGAGAUAAAAGAAUCGAGUUGGGAGAAUUUGCCGAGAUUAUAUUCACUGACGAGCAAUGGACACCAUUCGAUCUACGUGACAAGUUAAGCAAAAGAGAUUUCGACGAAAUAUUCAACUACUAUGAUAAGGACGGAAGCGAAUAUUUGGAAUGUGGUGAAAUGAGAGAUUUUUUGAAAGACAUCACUGUCAAAAUUGGUCAGGUACCCACAAAGCGUCAAUUAGAGGAACAAACGGCCGUCUUCUUCCGUCUCUACGAUACGGACAAGAACGGAAAACUAUCGAGAGAUGAACUUCGAUUUUUGCUGACAAACAAGAAAUAAUAAAACUCUUCAUUUUCCAUUUAAUUCUAUUCCCAAUCGUUAUUCCACAUUACCUAAAUGCGUAAAUCUCACUGUUGUAACGUUUUAGAUAAUUAGACGUAAUUUCUCUAUAAUAGGAAUUUAAGCUGUUGUGUAAAUGAUAUAUAAUAGAAGUAACAUUUUCACUAUAGUUGUAAAACAGUUGUGAAUGCAUCUUAAAUGAAGAGGAAAAAUAGAAGAAGAAGAAGGGUAGAAGAGAGAAAUUGUGGGAAUAACGAUAGAUCAAUAAAUAAUGAAUAGACAAAACAAAACUUGGGCGUGCUGCUUGUUUUUUUUUUUCACUUAAAAAAAAAUCUUUAAUUAAUAUCCUGAAUGGUAACACUUUCUAAACUAUUAAUUUUACUAGGGAAAAAGUAGAAUUUGGUCUACGUCCUAAAUGGAUAGAAUAUAAGUCAUUAAUUCUACAAUAAGUGAAUCAGAGGGGCUUUCGUGACCAAAAACAUCUAGGCUUUUACUCUAUUUCAUUGAUUAUAUUUAAAUUUAACUUUCAACUAACUGUCUGUGGGCUAUUGACAACACAUAAUCAAUCAAAAUCUGAUUGUUAUUUAGACAGAAUUUAAUAUAGUAAGUUUAUAGUAUAAUCAUAAAUUAUACCUAAAAUAAUUUAAUGCGAAAUAUUUAGUAUUUACCUUAUCAACACUUAGCCUAGCAACAAUAUUAAUUGAUAGUAAAAAGGUCUUGAUUUCUAUUUCUAUUCUUUUUCUCGUUAUAUAUUCCAUGGAAAAAGGGAAAAAAACGAG